GUAUCUGGCUAUCUGUGGUUUUUUCGGUUUGUAAUUGUUUUUUUUCCUGAUUUUUUAUUGUGGUACUAUUAAUUUUUUUUUUUUUGUUUUUUUUGGGAGGAAUGGUACUUAUUAUGGUUUUCAGAAUUGAGGUUUUUUUUUAUUAUUUUUUGUCAAGUUGUGUCUGUUAGAUUUAGAUGAGUGAGUAAGGUGAGAUUUCUGUUUUUGAUGUGGAAAUAAGGUUGUUGAGAAAAAACAAGGAUUCAGAGUGAUGUUGUUGUGUGAUGUUGCUAAGCAUCUAUAGUUGCUGUGUACUAAUGUUGUUGAGCAUCUAUAGUGUUGUGUGAUGGCUUCCUGUGUGUUGAGCAUCUAUAGAGUUGUACAUGAUAAUCAUGUAGUCCAAUAUGAUUUAUUGUAACAUGAGUUAAUUACAAGCAUUUUAAGAAAACGUUUUAAGAUUUAUUGUAGUCCAAUAAGAUAAUCAUGUAGUACAAUAUGAUUUAUCUAGUUGCUUCUACUCAGGUUAAUUUGUCAAUGUUGGUUUAACAGAAUUGAGUAAUAUUCGUCAGCUGGAAUUUGGUUUAACAGUAACUUGUGUGGCUGUGUACAUCAUCUAUUGGACUCAUUUUCAAUAAUACUUGCCUAAGGUACUGCAAGGCUCACAGAGUGAUUAUAUGGUGUAGGUGUACCAAUAGUUUUUUUUAUUUUACUUGCUUGUCUGAGAUUUUAUGAUUGUGUAUUUGUGUGACGUGGAAAAGUUUUUGUCCUGUUUGUUUCUAAUAGACAUAUGUCCUAGAUGUUCACCCUUUCAACCCUCAUAUAGCUAUGACUCAUUCUUGUUAUUUGUGUAUACAUGAUUGAACUUAUUUGUUUUUUUUUUUCAUUUGUAGGAGUGUAUGGAAUCUGGAAGUAGUGGGGAUAUGGAAGACUCAUCGGCUACAAGUCCAGAUCCUCCAAUUCCAAGUCCUCCUCCCGAGCCUUGGGAGUAUGACCCUUGUCCAAUGACGGAAAAUAAUGACCCCUUUGACCAGCAAAAUCAAUCAAACCAACCUUCUGAACCUGCUGAUGCUGCUGCCCCCUUAAGUGAAACUUCAAAAAAAUCUAGAAAAAGGCGCUCUCCUCAUUGGGAGCAUUUUAUAAAGAAGGAUGGAGAAAACAAGGCUGAAUGUAUCUAUUGUCAUACAUUCAUUGGUUGUGCAUCACUUCAAGGUACCUCCGGCAUGAAGAACCACAUAAAGCGGUGUAAGGAAUACCCCCCAAACAUUGAUCAAAAUCAGCAACUAUUGUCCCUUAGUCAACAAACUCUUGAUGGGAAUCUCGUGGAUAAAAAAAAAGGUAGACUUGAGCUGUGGAAAUUCAAUCAAGAAGAUAGUAGGAGAGCUCUGGCAAAGAUGGUGAUCAUGGAUGAAAUGUCUUUUAGAAUGGUGGAGCAUGAAGGUUUUCGCAACUUUAUGAAGAGGAAGUAGAAGAUAUGGAUUCUGAUGUAGAUGUUGCGGAAUUAGAGUUUGAAAGGCAGGUGGGUUCAUGUGUUGGAGUACAAGGGAAAAAUGAGUUGGCCAAGUAUUUAGAAGAUGAUGGAGAAGUUAAUCCCGCCGGAAAAAGCUUUGAUUGUUUGGGGUGGUGGAAAAAAUAUGGUAAAAGGUAUCCAACAAUAGCUCUCAUGGCUAGAGAUGUACUUGCCAUUCCCGUAUCAACAGUCGCUUCCGAAUCAGCUUUUAGCACCGGUGGUCGAGUGCUUGAUUCAUUUCGCAGCUCACUCUCAACUAAGAUGGUUGAAGCCUUGAUUUGUGCACAAGAUUGGUUACGUACAUCUCAAGGUCCUCUUAUACUUGAGGAGAGACUUGAAGAUAUGGAAAAAAUUGAAUCAGGUAACAUUCAAAUAUUUUCUCU